AUGUCCGCGAGCGCCCCCUCCGCCAACAGCCUCCCAGUACGCACCCAACGCUCCGUCUCGAUUCUCUCCCCCACCGACGCAAAACAAUGGACACCCCAAUCCUCCUCAUCCUCCUCGCACUCCCCAACCAGCGGCUCUCUGCACCCUUCCGAACAGCCCACCUCGUCGGGCAUAUCCAACAUGAAGAAUCUACGCACCCGCGUCGUCGACUCCUUCCGGCGGGACCCCACUGCGAGCUUGACGCGGAACACGAGUGUCGGACACUCGACGCAUAAUGGUGACUCGAGGAGGGGGAGUCGGAAGGGCAGUGGAGAGAGCGGUGGUGAUAAGGGUGAUGGUGGGGAUGAGGAGAGUGGGCCGAUGCAUCUUCCUAAGGCGUAUGAUGUCGAGCAGGCGACGGAGGCGACUGCGGCGAGUCCGUUGUUGAGGCAGUUGAAGGGAAGGCAUUUGCAGAUGAUAGCAAUAGGCGGUUCCAUCGGCACGGGCCUCUUCGUUGGCUCAGGCAAAGCGCUUGCGCAUGGUGGGCCGGCGUCGCUGGUGAUUGCGUUUAGUCUGAUUGGUAUCAUGAUGUACUGCACAAUGCAGGCGUUAGGAGAGAUGGCGGUGUUGUUCCCUGUUGCGGGCAGCUUCUCGGCUUAUUCGAGCAGAUUCCUCGACCCAGCCUGGGGCUUCGCCAUGGGCUGGAACUACGCCAUGCAAUGGCUGGUCGUCUUCCCCCUCGAACUCGUCGCCGCCUCCAUUACCGUCGACUACUGGGUCCACAGCACCUCCCUCAACGCCGCCUGGAUCACAAUCUUCUGGUCGUUGAUCGUCACCAUCAACUUCUUCGGCGUCAAGGGCUACGGUGAAGCCGAAUUCGUCUUCUCCAUCGUCAAAGUUACCGCUGUCAUCGGCUACAUCAUCCUGGGCGUGAUUAUGAACAUCGGCGGCGGACCAGAGGGAAGCUACAUCGGCUUCUCAGUCUGGGACCGCGACGGGGCAUUCAAGAACGGCUUCAAAGGUCUAUGCUCCGUCUUCGUCACCGCCGCUUUCGCCUUCGCUGGCACCGAACUCGUCGGACUGGCGGCAGCUGAAACCGAGAACCCGCGCAAAGCCCUCCCCACCGCGAUCAAACAGGUCUUCUGGCGCAUCACCCUCUUCUACAUCGUCAGCUUAUUCCUCGUCGGCACGCUAGUCAGCAGCAACGACCCACGCUUGCUUUCCGCCUCGUCGAGCGCCGACGCCACCGCAUCCCCAUUCGUCAUCUCGAUCGAAAACAGCCUAAUCGCCGGCCUCCCAGGAGUAAUGAACUGCGUCAUCAUGAUCGCCGUCCUCAGCGUCGGCAACUCUGCCGUCUACGGCUCCUCACGCACCCUCGCUGCCCUCGCCGAACAGCGCCAAGCACCCCACAUAUUCGCAUACAUCGACCGCAAAGGCCGACCCAUCGUUUCCAUCCUCCUCGCUAGCUGUCUGGGCUGGCUGGGUUACUUCGCGAGCUCACGCUUCCAGCAGACUGCGUUCGACUGGAUGCUGGCUAUCUCCGGACUGAGCUCGAUCUUCACUUGGGGGUCCAUAUGUGCGGCACACAUCCGCUUUCGUGCCGCGUGGAAAGUGCAGGGCCAUACGCUUGAUGAGUUGGCGUUUAUCUCGCCGAUUGGCGUUGCGGGGUCGUAUGUCGGGUUGAUAACUAAUAUCUUGAUUUUGAUAGCGCAGUUCUGGACUGGGUUUGCGCCGGUGGACUAUGAGGAGAAGUCGACGAGUGAGAGGAUCGAGGGGUUCUUUCAGGAUUAUUUGGCUGCGCCGGUCGUGGUGGUGUGCUAUAUUGGGUAUAAAGUGGUGUACAGGACGAAGGUGUUGAGUGUGAGGGAUAUCAAUCUGUAUACGGGGAAGCGGGAGAUGAAUGUGCGGGGGUUGUUGGCGGAGGAGAGGGUUGAGAGGAGGGGGUGGCCGAGGUGGAAGAGGAUGUAUAAGUUCUUUUGCUAG